AUGGCAGAAUCCUUUCUCAUGGAGGUGUGUGUGGACUCCGUAGAGUCUGCCGUCAACGCGGAGCAAGGAGGUGCUGGUCGACUUGAGCUGUGUUGUAGUCUUAUGGAGGGAGGCCUCACUCCCAGUCUUGGCCUGCUGCAGAUUGUAAAAAGAUGUGUAAAAAUCCCAGUCUAUGUGAUGAUUCGUCCUCGUGGUGGUGACUUCCUUUACUCAGACCGGGAAGUGGAAGUCAUGAUGAAAGAUGUGGAGGUGAUGAAGGACCACGGGGCUGAUGGAUUUGUGCUGGGAUUCUUGACAGAAGAUGGACAGGUGGAUAAGGAGCUCUGUAUGGAAUUUCUGGCUGCUGCUCGUCCUUUACCCGUCACCUUCCACCGAGCUUUUGACAUGGUCUGUGAUGUAGCUGUUGCCCUGGAGACACUUGUGUCAUUGGGUUUUCAGCGUGUGCUGACCAGCGGCUGUGAUAGCUCUGCAUUGGAGGGACUACCACUAAUUAAGCGCCUGGUAGAGCAAGCUAAGGGUAGAAUUAUCAUCAUGCCAGGUGGUGGCAUCACAGAACGAAAUCUGCAAAGAAUCCUCGAGGGAUCUGGUGCUCAAGAGUUUCACUGCUCUGCUCGUUCCAGUAGAGAUUCUGCCAUGAAAUUUAGGAACAGAAGCGUGGCAAUGGGAGCUUCUCUCACGGCACCAGAGUACAGCCUGAAGGUCGCAGAUGUGAACAAAGUACGCACUUUUAACGCAAUAGCCCGAAAUACCUUGUGA